AUGACUAGAAUAUUGCUGAAGUAUCUCCUGGACACCAGCAUAAGAGAUGCUGAAAUAAAGAACCAGUCUGUUACUAUGGAGUUUAUACUACUCGGUCUAACUACCUCUACAGAAUUACAGACACUUCUCUUUUGGAUAUUCACAUGCAUCUAUGCUACUGCUAUAACUGGUAAUUUCAUCCUCAUCUUUACCAUAUGUACUUGCAAGAAACUCCACACUCCCAUGUACUUCCUCCUCAUCAAUUUGUCCUUAGUGAAUGUGUUUUCCAUCUCAGUUACAAUUCCAAAAUUGCUCCAGACUCUUUGGACCCACAGAAAGACCAUCUCUUUUUAUGGCUGCUUUACACAGUUGUAUCUAUUCAUGUGGUGUUUGGGAACAGAGCUUUUUAUGCUCUCAUUUAUGGCUUUUGACCGUUAUGCAGCUAUCUGCCAUCCUUUGAAGUACACAGUCAUCAUGAGGAAGGAAGUGUGUAUUCUCAUAGCCAGUGGGGUGUGGGUUGCUGGGAUGGUCAAUUCUGCUGUUUAUACUGGAGUUAUGCUGAAGCUUUCCUUCUGCAACUCUAACAUAGUCAACCAUUUCUUCUGUAAUAUACCCCCACUUUUACAGCUUUCAUGCUCUGAUACCAGUCUGAAUGACAUGAUGUCUUUUGUGGCAGAUGUGAUCUUUGGGAUUUUUAGCUGUGGGUUAACGUUAACAUCUUACUGCUUUAUCCUGAGAGCUAUCUUGAGAAUCCGUUCCACUGAAGGGAAGAAGAAAGCUUUCUCCACAUGUUCCUCUCAUCUCAUUGUAGUCAGUUUUUUCUUCUCUUCAGUCAUUUACACAUAUAUAAGUCCCAGCUCAGGCUACUCUCUUGAGAAAGACAAAUUUGUUUCUCUCCUUUAUUCAGUGGUAACCCCAGUUGUUAAUCCACUCAUAUAUUCUCUGAGAAACAAAGAAGUAAAAGAGGCACUCAAGACAUUUAGUGGAAGAGUCAGGCUGCUCCGGAGACCUCAAGUCUCAUCUGCAAAGAUCUUUUAUAACACCACUGCUGCUACUGUUGUUAGGGGGAGGAGUUGA